AUGUGGAGAGACCUAUAUUUCACUGAAUUGAAAAUUGGAUCACAACAUCAAGCACAUGAUACCAAAGUGGAUUAUUUGCAAAGAUUGGCUCAAUAUUCGUUUUCUAGAGACUUGAAUUUGAAAUUAACCAUAAAUUCUAGAAUUAACCCACACUAUUCAAGAAAUACUGCAUUGGUAGAAGUUAUUAAUAAUGUUGGACAUUUGGUGCAUAUUGUGAAAUAUAAUGAGAUAGAUACCUCCUUUAGUACCGUAGCAAAAGUUUCAUAUGAUUUUGAAACAAUUGUUUAUUCUAGAAAGGGAAAUGGUGAUUAUGUCAAGUUUAGCUGCCAUAUUACAAACAGUUUAAUGCAAGAGCUACGAAAGCCGUUAUCUGGAAAUUAA